CAGAGGGCUAAAAAAAGUUUUGAUGGUAAACAACUUCACGAACUCUUUCAAAGCACUUUGAUAAUGAUAAACAGUUGAAUGUUCUCGCGAUGGCUUUGAAGAAGAACAAAAAGAAAGGAAAAUCUUCAAGGAAGCCCAGCGUAUCCCAGACCGCUACGUUGAGCAAACCAUUUGAUGACUCAGCCGCCGAUACAAAUGAAGCCAUGUUUGGAGACUGGGACCCAAUGUUGACGAAUUGUCAACAUUACCUGAAAUACCACAGAGGGUUCGACUCGUGCCAGUUUGAGGGCUUCAGCAUCGAUGACGAUCCUGCUGAUAUGUUUCACAAAGCACACAUGAAAAGGUUCCACACGGAUAACGAACACGUUGGGUUUUGCACUGCAGUAGACGAUGGCGAUGAGGAGCCACCUUUGGGUGAUGAUGAGGUGCUCGAAUUCGAGCACCCGCUGUCAAUGGCCGAUGGUGCUGUUGAUAUGCUAUACGUAUCAAGGACACAGAAAAGACACGAGGUUCUCGCAGACUUACUACAGUUCAAAGACACACCAGACCUAAAGGAAUUGUUUGUAUUCAUAGCAACCAUCACAGACCCAAUGACACAGCCAGCGGAAACAGACACGCACGUCAUAAGCUUGGAAUUGCUUUCACAGCUUAUAAUAUCGCUUAAGCUUGAUGUCCACUCAUCGAUAGGUGAAUUCAACCUUGCACUUAGCCUCUUCAAAAUUGUGGAAAGCACGUUAAAGUUGUUGAACUGUGAGGACCAAGUGAAAUUACGAGGAUUGAACAACUCAGACUUGAAGAUCGAUUGGAGGAAUAAGCUCAAAGAAUGGACACCUAAUGGACUGAACCAGCAAGACCUUUUACUAAUAUACAUGAUUGACUGUGUGUGUCUUUAUACGAUAUACAAGAUUUACGAAUUUAAUGACCCAGACCUUUGCAUGAAUCCAUUCCUCGAUUUCUUUAUAAACCUAUGGAAAAUCUUUACAAACGUUGUUCUUCUGGGACUGGAAGUUGAUAGACGAGAAGAGGUUGAUGGUGAGGAAACCCCAGACAUUAUCAAGUACGUGAUUCGUGGCUCAAGUGCUGUGAGAUAUGUGUUGGCGUCGAUAUUAAACGAUGAAGUCAAAGACAGACUACACGAUUUCCAACAUCUGAAUAUCAGAGACUUUAUGUCUCCCUAUGGGAGACGUUGUGGUACUGCUGCGUUAUGCGCAGAUGUCAGAUGGUAUGUGGGUGCCAUGCUGGCAUUGGGCUCUGAUUUGAAAGAAGUUGUUGAGAUUCUGGUUGAUUUGGAGCCCAACAAUCGAUACGAUGAAGACGUGAAGUAUAUGUUUACGUACGAAUACGAAGAUUUCCACCACGAGGAGAUGUUUCCAGAGGAUUACGAAGCCGGUGAAAUACCAGAUGAUGACAUUAUAAUGUACUUUGACGAAGAUGGCCAUUUCCACAGAGUUGUGAGGCCGAGAUGUACCUGCCAGUUCUUUGACAACGACAUGGAAUCAGAGACACAAGAGAACGAGGAGUUCGACUCCAUACCACACGCAGUAAGAUCAGACCAAAACAUAAAAUUUGACGAGCUUGGAAGGGAUUGGAGAGACAUUGCACGUGGAGGCAACAUUUUCUUCAACCCGGAGUUCCAACUAGAUGCGUCGGGCUGCUAUUCAUGGCCUGAGCUGUGUCAAAUAUUCGAUGAGAUGGUGGAGCAUCAGGUGACAGACGAAAUCUCUACAAAAGUCAUAAAGACUAUUGCGCGUUCUGUUAAGUUGGAAUUGGAGAAGGAAAUCACAGACACGAUCAGUGAUAACACAGAUGUAAUUCCAGAGGAUGCCGUGACCACUGACAAGAUAUACGACAAGUGGAGCUCCGAUUGGCCAUUUGAUGCAAUGCUCUCUUUGAAUCCACAAUCAUCGUAUGCUAUGUUGGAUGAGAUGUUCAUGGCAAAUGGGUAUAGACGUGUCCUUAUUUGGUUCCUGACCCAUAUACCUUUAUCAUUCUCUCUAAUUAAUUAUAUAUUUGAAUUGUUGGAAGGACUGAGAGGAGAGGGGAGGAUCUCUAAGAAGUUCAAGUUUUCAAGACAGGGCCCUUUGGAGUUGUCUGAAAUUGAAAAGUCGAUGUUACUUCAUGAACUUCUAGGCAACUGCACGAUUUACAUCUCAAAAGUUACGAAUGAUGGGAAGCCCUCAUCUUCACAGAAUUAUACCGAUGUGGAGAGGUGUGUGAAGAUCAUUAAACUCCUUUGUCUCAUGAUCCAAAAACUGAUUGAUACCGAUGACAUCGACAUUGAGGAAUACAAAGUUGGGAUAACAAGUCUUUUAAUCAAUUGGAUAGGUAUAAUACCCGAGGCCAAGGAUCUAUUCUUCAGAAUCAACAAUACUAUCGGAAAAGACAAGCUGUCCGAACCUAUAAAGACACACGAGGCACAAUUAGGCACAGAACCAAAGCACGCAUCGAUACCAAAUCAACGCCAGCCAUCAAUGAAACAUCGCAAAUUCAGUCCCGAGUUGAAGGAAUCUUUGAGCAACGUCAUCAAGAAGCUGGACAAUGGCUCUUUCCUCUUUCGUCCGUUCUUUGAACUCAUAGAAGGUGGGAAUUCUAGCGAUGCUCCAGAAGCAGAAGUCGGAGCCCCACCACAGUUCAAAUUGAACCUGGAAAAUAGCAUUGCUGAAACGCAAACACCAAAGUACAUUCCUGGAGAACUAAGACCGCUCAUAAGAGAUGAGAAUGCUGAUCAUCUCAUUGCAGAACAAGCACUAAUGGAGCCCUAUGAUGUGUGAUUAGCGUCUAUAACAUGCGAGGA